CAUUUGUAGCUGUCAACUUGAUGCUUCUUAGGUUAAGAAGACCAAGUACUCCGAAAAAGUAUGUAAAAAGCUGAGACAAACUAACAAGGUUCAGUCAGUUCCUAAGGCGCAGAGUCUUUUAAAGGAAGUUUUAGGGAAAACACCCUGAGAGCAACACCACGGGAAGGAAUUCCCCCUCCUGCUUCAUCCCCAGCAAGGGACGGACGGAAAGAGCACAGCACGCUCGGUGUUAAGCGUGCUCCGGGCUUUCCACUCAUUCCGGGGUAAGGCGCGGGACGAGGACCCUCAGCGCAGCCCGCUUCCCCCUUAAAGUUCGGGGGGCGGCCCCGCAGCCCCUCACGUUCCCACCCUGCCGGCGCUCUGAGACAGCCCCUCCCGCUUCCCGCCGGCCUUACCGAGGCCGUGACGGUGUGCGCAUGCGCCUCGCGCCGAACCUAUCGCGCAUGUGCCCUGGCGGCAGGCAGCGGCGUUUCGGCAUCGGCCGAUUCGCUGCCCGCGAGGCUGCGGCGCUCCGCCCCCCGCGCACCCCCCCCCGCCAUCCCGCUCAGCGGCGCAGCGCCCCGCGAUGAGGCCGUGCCCAGCGGCGGCGGUAGCAGCGGCGUGCGCGUGACGCCGGCGGAGCUGUUGGUGCUGCUGCGUCCGCCAAGAUGGCGUGCGUGCUGGAGGCGCCGCUCCGCAUGAGCGUCCUUUCGGAGGUAACGGCUAGCAGCCGCCACUACGUCGACAGAUUGUUUGACCUUGAUCCCCAGAAAGUCCUGCAAGGUGUCAUAGAUAUGAAAAAUGCUGUAAUUGGAAACAACAAACAAAAAGCCAACUUGAUUGUUUUGGGAGCAGUUCCAAGGUUGCUAUACUUGCUUCAGCAAGAAAGCUCCAGCACAGAACUGAGAACAGAAUGUGCAGUGGUCUUGGGAAGCCUUGCAAUGGGUACAGAGAAUAAUGUCAAAUCCCUACUAGACUGCCAUAUUAUCCCAGCCUUAUUGCAAGGAUUACUGUCACCAGAUUUGAAGUUUAUAGAAGCUUGCCUACGAUGUCUCCGUACCAUAUUCAUCAGUCCUGUAACUCCAGAGGAUCUUCUAUACACAGAUACUACAGUUAUCUCCCACCUCAUGGCGCUGCUCAGUAGGUCUCGAUAUACACAAGAAUACAUAUGUCAGAUCUUCUCACACUGCUGCAAACUUCAACAGUGGCAUAGCUGCGGCUUUAAAUCAUUGCCUCAGCCACUUCUGUGUGCCAAUGGUCCAGAUCACCAGACAAUCUUGUUUAACCAUGGAGCAGUUCAGAAUAUCGCACAUCUGUUAGUCUCCACCUCCUACAAAGUUCGAAUGCAAGCCUUGAAAUGCUUCUCUGUUCUAGCCUUUGAAAACCCACAGGUAUCAAUGACUCUAGUAAAUGUGUCGGUCGACGGAGAACUGUUACCGCAAAUUUUUGUGAAGAUGUUGCAAAGGGACAAGCCUAUUGAAAUGCAGCUCACAUCAGCCAAAUGCCUUACUUCCAUGUGUAGAGCUGGGGCAAUACGGACAGAUGAUUCUUGCAUCGUUCUUAAGACUCUGCCAUGUUUGGUUCGAAUGUGUAGCAAGGAGAGACUGCUGGAGGAGCGGGUAGAAGGAGCAGAAGCUCUGGCCUAUUUGAUUGAAACAGAUGUGGAGCUCCAGAGAAUUGCCAGCAUUACUGACCACCUCAUUGUCAUGCUUGCUGAUUACUUCAAGUAUCCCAGCUCAGUGAGUGCAAUCACUGAUAUCAAAAGGCUUGACCAUGAUUUGAAGCAUGCCCAUGAACUGCGGCAGGCUGCUUUCAAGCUGUAUGCUUCCCUUGGAGCAAAUGAUGAAGAUAUUCGGAAAAAGAUCAUUGAAACUGAAAAUAUGAUGGACCGUAUUGUUAAUGGCUUAUCUGAAUCUAGUAUCAAGGUGCGAUUAGCUGCAGUCAGAUGUUUGCACAGCUUGUCCCGUUCUGUUCAGCAGCUCAGGACAAGUUUUCAGGAUCAUGCUGUAUGGAAACCUUUAAUGAAGGUUUUACAGAAUGCUCCAAAUGAAAUUCUGGUAGUAGCAUCUUCUACGCUAUGCAAUCUUCUUCUAGAAUUCUCACCAAGCAAAGAGCCUAUUUUGGAAUCAGGAGCCAUAGAACUUCUGUGUAGUUUAACACAAAGUGAAAAUCUUGCCUUGCGAGUGAAUGGCAUUUGGGCUUUAAUGAAUAUGGCAUUUCAAGCUGAACAGAAGAUCAAAUCAGACAUCUUACGAGGUCUGAGCACAGAGCAGUUAUUCCAGUUACUUUCUGAUUCCGAUGUAAACGUUCUGAUGAAAACUUUGGGACUGCUCAGGAAUCUUCUAUCUACUCGCCCACACAUAGACCAUAUAAUGAGCACUCAUGGGAAGCAAAUCAUGCAAGCAGUGACCCUCAUUUUGGAAGGGGAGCACAAUAUAGAAGUCAAAGAGCAGACGUUAUGUAUACUUGCCAAUAUAGCAGAUGGAACAACAGCAAAAGAACUGAUUAUGACCAAUGAUGACAUUCUGCAGAAAAUCAAAUACUAUAUGAGUCAUUCAAAUGCUAAACUUCAGCUUGCUGCCAUGUUCUGUAUAUCUAAUCUCAUAUGGAAUGAAGAAGAAGGUUCACAAGAACGCCAAGAUAAACUACGAGACAUGGGAAUAGUAGAUAUUCUACAUAAAUUGAGUCAGUCAUCGGAUCCAAAUCUGUGUGACAAGGCAAAGACAGCACUCCAACAGUAUCUUGCAUGAUCAAAGGCUAACUGAAUCUAUGGACACCCCUCGUCUACUUAAGGAACAGCAGGAAAUACUCCUGACUCCUUAUAUUUGCACAAGUCACCUUGGGCUGCAUUUUUCUUAGGUGCAGGGAGCUGCUUUGCAGAAACAGUUUAAAUGAUCAGGUCUCCAGUGCACUUGAGAAUUUUUUUGAGGUAGUUUCUUUACUCAGAGGACUCCUGGGGGGUUGUUUUGGUUUGUUUGUUUUGUUUUUUCCUGAGCUACCUGGACUUUGGAAUAGAACAAUCAGUCAUCAUUUUCCUUUUGGGCCUACAAUUUUCUGCUUUUGCUGCAGCCUGUGUGUGUGGAAAUGUGUGAGUGUGUUUGAGUGUGUGUGUGUGUGUGCAUGGAUGAAUGUGUGUUGGGUGUGAUACCUCAAUUUUGUUUUUCCUUUUUUUGUGUGAAAGUCUUUUUCUACAGGUUUUCAAGGGUUAACCAUUGUUUGCUGUACGAAUACUUCAAUGAAUUAUAUACAGUUUGAAUGAAAUGUUAUUUAAAAAACAAAAACAAAAACUGUUGUAUCCCAUAAAGUUUAUUUUGAAUUUUGAACAGAUGAAUGUUUUUAAGUAAAGUAUAUGCAUUUCUGAACUUCACCUUAAUUUACAUUAUACUCAUUUUUAAAGAGGAAAGUAGGAGGAGACAGUAUAUCCCAAAUUAUAAGCAGCACAUUCUGUUCUGACAAGAUCCAAGAGUUAGCAUUGUACUACCAUGCAAGAUCACUUGGUACUGAUGAAAUACUCAAAUCAGUAGAAUGGGUCAGCUGCAUUGUUCUACAUUCCUGUACAUUUUUAGAGGAAAGUCUCAUGCUUUGGAGUUAGCAUGACUGUUGACUUCUCUGGGAAGUGACAGGUGGCUGCAAUAUUAGCAGGCAUAAGCUCUUGCUCUAGAAGCCAAGAAUUUUCUCUGAUAAUUGCUGAAGGAUUAGUUGAUUUCACUAAUGAUAUGUAUUUGCUGAUCCCUAGUAUCAGUGGAGAGAACAACACAUUGCCAAAGCUACACUUUGAAGAGACCAGAAGGACCUGGGAAGCAGUGAUUAAGGGAUUGCUUUUGUUUUGCAUCCUUUACAUUCAGACAUAGUUAAGCAACAUACAAAUUAUUUCCAUUAAUGGGUGCAUUAAGUUGGGGAAGGGAUGGAUUUUUUUUUUUUUGCUCAGUCAUGUUGCUAUAAAUUUUGUGUAUAUAUACAGAUAUACACACUUGCAUGGAUUUGGAUACCUGGGUGAUAAGUGAUGGGACUUCACUGUAUUCAGAAGCCUAAAUUGUCUGUAAGUUCCUGAAACGGUGCCUGUAAGUGUGGAGAAAAAUUGUGGGUACAAAUGAAGACUGUGUGUAAGGUUAGGCUGGAAUGCAAGACCCCCCAGUGGCUUCAGGAGUCAAGUAUGCAUAGGAGCAAAUGGGAGCAGCAAGAAGCUCUCCUUCAUGCAGUUCAGGGUUCCUGCUUUCUUCCUAUGUCUACUUUCUAAUUUCAGUUUAGGCCAUAGUUUCAAUAGUCGGCAUCUCCAAACACUAUAUUUACAUAGCACUAACAGGCAAGCUAAAGGUUGCAGCCUAUGUCUUAAACCAAAUCUUUAAUGUGUUACAUUGAGCUUCAGGAAGGCUGCCACUACAGGAGAGGUCUGUAACAUUGCUAGCCAAUUCUGAUAAGUAUCUUAAUCUUUAAUUUCUAAUCAGAAGGUCAAAUUGUGAUAGCCUUACUUUUUUCAGAGGUCACUGCUCAUGUCAGAAAACGUGACCACGGUUUGGCCUGGAGUUUGAAUGUGCUAUGUAUCAGAUAACUGUUAUCACUUGGUUGCAGAGGAGAAUAUAUACAUUUGAUGUAAUUUUUUCCACUCUUGAACGACAAAUAAAAACAAGCACCUGACACAUUUUCCCCAGGCACUGCAGUAAGCGACUGGCAGUUUUUAUGUCCUUCUGCAAUUUUUUUGUGAUGGACUUUGGAGGCCGAACAAGAAUGAAAGUGAAAAUAUGUGAGAACUUGAUGAGUACCAGUACCUCAGAAAUGAAGUCUUAUAAAAUCCCAUCAGAUAUAUUUUGGCUUGAACUGAGGAGAAGUUCUGAGACAGGUAUUGUGAAUGUAAAACUUUACAGUGUGUAUCUGGCUUCUAAAUUCGCACUCCUAUGUACAUUUAGGAGCUGCAGUUCUUACAUAUCUCUUUUCCCCCCUCCUCCCCUAGUUCAGUUUUCUGAAAACAAGCCUGAGUUUGAUUCUUUUAAUAAAACUUUGGUGCCUAAAAGUGUUGAGAAGAAAGGUGAGUAAGUAUCUAUGUACAUCUUUUGAGGUGGUGGGUUCCUAAAAUUCUACCAGAAAAGAUAAAAACAAUGCUCAGACAAUCUUGUUGCUGCGUCAGAACAACUGACAUUUCCCACAGGUGUUGGCAGGGCAGACUGUUGGAUGAGAACGUUUUUACGUUCAGUUAAGCUUUGUCAAUAAUUUUUGAUGUUGCUAUGUAGGUAUGUACAAAGAGAAGAAAAUGAAUAGUGUAAAUAAAAAGAACUUUACCAGAA